CACCAUCUGUGCGCUUUGUGAUUGGUUGGUUCAAUCCUCGCGGGCUACUUGAACUGAGAGAAAGCAGAACCCUGUUCCUAAAUGUCUGCUUGCUAGUGGUUCGUGUCCUGGUCGGUUGUGCUGUGGACCCGCGUGACUAUGGAACCGUAGUGUGUUUGUGUCCCGCGCUUUGGAAUCGCUCUACCGCUCACGCGCUCCUCUGCUGUGGCGCUGCUGUUCUGUUUUUUCGUUGCCAUCUCAACUGUUUAGUUUUGAGUUUAUUCGGCUCCACUUCAGGCUAGCACCCGACCCGAUCCCCGCUACGAACGACGAGGGGUCCCGAAGAGUUCAAAGGUCAAAGCCAGCAGCGAGUGUUUGUUGCAGGAAACAUGUCGGCGGCAAACCGAAGCGCGGCGAGUGAGCUCCAAAACCAGGAGAACAUGCCGUCCAGCAGGCUGAGAGGCGCCAUCAAAGCCCGGCCUGCAGCCAGCGAAAACCUUCCGCCCAAACAGGCUGCCAACAGAACCGUGCUGGGAGCUCUGCAGAACCACCAGCGGAACAAAACCCAAAGCCUCCGCGGCGCAAAGCAGGACUCUGCUCUACCCUCAUCCUGUAAAGCUGACGAUUAUGGGAAAAGCGUCCUGGAAAAGCCGCCUGUCAAGCAGCCGGCCUUCCAGAUCCACAUGGAUGAGCCUGAUGGCGCCUGCACCAAGAAGACCGUGUCUGAGGCCCUCAGAGCCAGGGCCCCGGCCCCUCGCUCUCCUGUGGCCGUCCACAACGCCCUGACAUGCCGACAGCCCCUGGCUGCCCUCGAUGUCCCGUUGGUUGUGGAAGCCGGCUUUGAUUCUCCCAUGGACAUGUCGUUGGUGGAGGUGGACGACAAACAAGUUAAUGUCAACGAAGUCCCAGAAUAUGCAGCUGAAAUUCAUUUGUACCUGAGGGAGAUGGAGGUGAAAACCAGACCGAAGGCCGGCUACAUGAAGAAGCAGCCUGACAUCACAAACAGCAUGAGGGCCAUCCUGGUGGACUGGUUGGUGGAGGUUGGAGAAGAGUACAAGCUCCACAAUGAAACGCUGUAUCUGGCCGUUAACUACAUUGAUCGCUUCCUCUCGUCGAUGUCCGUCCUGAGGGGCAAACUCCAGCUUGUUGGGACUGCUGCCAUGCUGCUGGCUGCGAAAUUCGAAGAGAUUUACCCUCCUGAGGUGGCAGAGUUCGUCUACAUCACAGAUGACACGUACACCAAGAAGCAGGUGUUGAGGAUGGAGCAUCUGGUGCUCAAAGUCCUGUCAUUUGAUCUGGCAGCACCAACGAUAAACCAGUUUCUUACUCAGUACUUCUGCCACCACGGCGUCAACAAACAGGUGGAAAGCUUGGCAAUGUACCUCGGGGAGUUGAGUUUGAUAGAUUCAGACCCCUUCUUGAAGUACCUGCCAUCGCAGACGGCGGCUGCAGCCUACAUCCUCGCCAACCAUGCAGUGACCGGCGGCUCUUGGCCCAAAUCCUUGGCAGAGAUGACGGGCUACAUGCUAGUAGACCUGAUGCCGUGCAUCGAAGACCUUCACAAGAUGUUCCUGAGCGCCGCUCAGCACGCCCAGCAGUCUGUCCGCGAGAAGUACAAGGCCUCCAGAUACUCUGAAGUCUCCACGAUCGCUGCUCCCUCCAAGCUGCUGCUGAAGUGACCUGCUUGUUGUUGAUGUAUUGUUAGUCUUUUUAAUCAUUUUUUGUAAAUGACGUACCAGUUUUAGACGGCAUGUUCUGCUCUUUUUGGAGUGGUGCUCCUUUUUUCUUUUUUCCUUAAAGAGGUUUUAAUAUUUUUAUAUUUCUAGUCUCAGCAUUUAUGCCAUGUGCAUCCAGUUGUGUAAUCAAUGGCUUUUAGUGUCGGUCUGUCCUCAUUCAGUGCUGCUUUAAUCUGCAAAUGUUCAGCCUUUGUAGAAGCCGGGCAGUUUCCUUCAUCUUAGACUGCCUGAUGUGAUGCAGAUUAAAGGCUGACUCCAUGAUCUGUGUCCCGUUUCAUCCACUGGCUUCCUGCACUGUAGACCAUGGCUCUUAUAAAUAAACUUCUUUUUGAAGACUA